GCCUAACCCCGAGCAAUAUUGUCCCACUGAGCAGAACUUUAUUAAAGCCUUCGUUCAAGUCAUGAAUUCCUUGGGGAAAAAAGUACACUUCUCAGGUCAUAAAAGGAGCAGUCUUGUCUCGGACGACUUUGUUCGAAGUCAGUUGUAGUUUACAGAGCUGUGGCCGUCAGUUCAGGGGACAGAGAAUGGCGAGUCUGCGUCGAGUCAGCUAUCUCCUCAUUAUUUUGUUUUUUCUGGAUGUAUCCUUCAUUGACCACGUAGCCACACAAUGCGGGGUUCUCUGGAGGCCUGGUGGAGAAGAUUGGGCAAACACUUGGGAUGGAAUGGUUCUUUUUAGCUGUCCAAAAGGUAAAUCGAUCCGUCGCAUCCAUAGCAUCCACAGGAACUGCAUAGAAGAUCGGAUCUGGGCUUUUAGCUGUGAGUCAAACUCUGCAGCCCAAGUAUGCUCCUGGACAGGAUUCGUGAAUAGUUAUGACGACCUUCUGAACUUCAAAUGUCCAAACAAUGGUUUCAUUUCAGGCAUAUACAGUGUGCACAGCAACAAACGCGAGGAUCGCAGGUUUGAGUUCAAGUGUUGUCACAGCAGCAGCUACAGCCGCCACAGCUGUAAAUGGAGCCACACCACUAACUGGGACGCCGACAUCGACUAUAGCACCACUUGGGGUUGGCUGGCUGGAGCACACAGCUAUCACAAUAACCAUUACGAAGACCGAAGAUGGCAAUUUUAUCAAUGUAAGAAGAUCUAGCUGUAUCAAUAAAUGAUGAGGACGGUGCAAUAAGAAGGAUUCUAUCACGUGGUUAACGUUUAAACUGAUUAAUAUGAUUACAUUAGAAAAAAUGUUAUCUUUAAAGCUAUCGACGCCUAAAUCAACUAAGGGAAUUUCUGAAAGAUUAAUCUUAUUUUGUUUUAAUUUAAGCUUUAGAAAGGCCAGCAGGGCCUUAAACAAAUCGAUUUUUCAAUCCGUCAAGCUGAAGAAAUUUAUUUGAAUAAAUUGUUUUGGAUACUCAAUCAUUUUCAAUAAAAUAUA